UUAUGAAAAGUAAUUUUAUUUUUCUUCUCUUUUGUCUAAAAAUCUCUAUAUCUCCGCAACUGUAUGAAUAUAAUGAAGUUAUCAUUCAACUAUAACCAGCAUUUUCACGCGUUUUAGACCAAACCAGUAGAAGCCGCAAGACGUGCGGAACGUCGAUAGUUUCACAGCGCCGGCGCAUUCCGAGAAAUUCCAGAUUUGACCUUUGUCUGCUUAAGCACGAUAAGCCUGGUUAGAAGCAAAGAAGCAGAUCCAAAGACUUGUGCUGCUCGAUUAUCUUUAUUACCGGGCAUAUUUAUUGGGUAUUCCGGGGGUGACUGGAUAGCAAGACUAUUUUGCGGAGGAGGAAUAUAGAAAUGCGGGGGCCACUACUUACUAUCAGAACCGCUGCUAUUCGUCGGAACAUUGCGCGCAGCACAUCUGUUCAGAGCAACCGCUUGUUGUUGAAUACGUCCUACCGUGUUGCGGCGAGAUCAAGACAGGCUGAGAGGUUAUGUGGUUGCUGGCGUCGUUGGUCGAGUUCUGCUGCUGUGAAGACUAAGAAAGUCGAACCAUUUGUCGACCGGACACCGCUUGAACAAUAUGAUUAUCUGGUCGGCAAAGGACUUUUACGCGACGACUCGUUUCAGCGCGGGAUCGUGUCGUUGCUAGUCGAGCUACAUGACGGAAUCUCGAAAUACCACCCGCCGCCGGUCGAAUACCCAGAUAUCGAAUCCCUCAAACCAAAAAAAGGCCUCUUCAAACUCUUCUCGCGCGGCAAGAACUCCGACGCUCCGCAGAUCGACCUUGCGACCGUGCCCAAAGGCAUCUAUCUCUACGGCGACGUCGGCUGCGGCAAGACAAUGCUCAUGGACCUCUUCUACUCCACGAUCCCGACCACCGUGCUCUCCAAGCGGCGCAUCCAUUUCCACGCCUUCAUGCAGGACGUGCACAAGCGCAACCACGCGCUCAAGCGCGAGCACGGCGCAGACUGCGACACCGUCCCGUUCCUCGCCGCCGCGCUCGCGGACGAGUCCCGCGUGUUUUGCUUCGACGAGUUCCAGGUCGUCGACGUCGCCGACGCGAUGAUCCUCCGCCGGCUCUUCGAGGCCCUGAUCCACCACGGCGUCGUCUUCGUCAUCACGUCCAACCGCGCGCCCGACGAGCUCUACAAGAACGGCAUCCAGCGACAGUCAUUCAUACCCUGCAUCGAGCUUAUCAAGGAGCGGCUCCAGGUGAUCUGCCUCGACUCGCCCACCGACUACCGCCGCAUCGAGCGCCCGCUCAAGAACGUCUACCACUCGCCUCUCGACGCCGAAGCCAAGCAGCACGCGCAGAAAUGGUUCGACUACUUCGCCGACCCGCGCGACCCUCCCCAUCCCGCCUCCCACACCAUCUGGGGCCGCGAGCUCAAAGUUCCCCGUGCGUCCGGCGGCGUCGCGCAGUUCAGCUUCGAGCAACUGUGCGGCCAGCCCAUGAGCGCGGCGGACUACCUCGAGCUCGCGCGGAAUUACCACGCGUUCGUCGUGACCGACAUCCCGAUCAUGACGAUGAGCAACAAGGACAAGGCGCGCCGGUUCAUCACUUUCCUCGACGCGGUCUACGAGAGCAAGGGAAAGCUGAUUGCGACGUCCGAGGUCCCGUUCGCAAACAUCCUGGUCGACGACCGCAAGAAAGACGCCAAGCCGGCGGCUGACGUGUCUGCGAUCGAGUCCGGCAUGACGGGCGACGAGGGUAUCGAGGAUAGCUUGCGCGAGCUGCAUAUGUUUUCGGGAGAUGAGGAGGUUUUCGCGUUUGCUCGGGCACUUAGUCGGCUGCAGCAGAUGUCGAGCGCACAGUGGGUUGAUGCAUAGUGUACAUAUAUCUAAUAGACGGUUGCGUUUUUUCUUGAUCUAAAA